CAUCGAGUACGGCCGACUGCCGAGCAAGUGCAACAGUUUCGUUUGUUCAGUCUUAUUAAACUGUAGUGGUUUAGGUUAUUUUUUUUCCUCGGCUCGCGCGAUGCGUACGUUUACAUCGUAUCGUCGUCGUGUCUAGCAUCUUACCUACGCAAUUCGUCUAUCAAAUCCACAUGCGUCUUGUCAAUGUUACGUUUUGAUUUUUUUUUUGUUUUUUGAACCCGUUUAAUAUUUUUUUACAUACCUACAUUUAUUUAUUUUUUUUUUAAAUUUAAUUUAAAUCGUUUUGCUUUUUUGACUCGUUAGAUUUUUCUGAUUUAUUUAUUUAUUUAUUCGUCUACAAACGAUUUCAAUAACUGACCACUAAACUAUUACAUUAUAUUAUACAAUAAUUAAUUGUCGAGUACGAUUCAAUAAAACGUUACACACUUGGAGAUCGUGGAUCGCGACGUCGUAAAGUAAUAAAUUAUUAUAUUAUCUACACUCGGCCGAAUUACAGAGAACAUUAUCGUUUGCCGCCAAACCGUAAAUCCAAAGAACCGGAAACAAAUUAACCACGACGAAGACGAUAUCAUCAUCUUCAGGUUAUAUUGAACGCAACAAUACGAUAAUAGCAAUGGAGAUGUAAACAUGGGGGAACGACAAUACAUAAGAAGUUACCGACACAGUUGGUGGCCACCAAGACCGCCAUGGAUCACACUGAUGUGGGUAUCAUUAUUCGUUAAUUUGGCGUACACUUCGAUAACCUGUGGCCCGGGUAUUAAAUCAGCUGGAGUAACUAUUCCGAGAGGCGACAUUGUCAUUGAAUACGGCACCGGCGUCCCCUUGGAAAUCACUUGCGUUUUAGACCCGGAUAAUGAAAAAGUGCGGAACCUGUAUGGGAAUGACACCGCUGACGGCGGUGAAGCUUAUACACCGAGCCAGCGGAUCUUGUUUUACAAAAACGCCGAACGCGUGUCUCGACAGUACAUGACAAUCAUCAACUCAACAGCGGCUCAAUUGCGCAUCCCCAAUCCGCCGGCCGGACGAGAUACCUUCUAUUGCACGCUGUUACUUGACGAUCCACUACUUCCUAGUCACGACAAUAGUAGUGAUGCACAGUUAUCUACGCAGUCUAGUGACUUGUCGACGUUUCCCACCCAGCCACCAACGAGCUUGGAAACUAGUGGACCCCCUUCGCUGGUAUCGCAAGCAUCCGAGGUCGGGGUGUGCCUCAAUAGCGUUGCCGUUGGAUAUAAACCGGCAAUAAUAACAAAUUUUUCUUGUAUAUCUGAUAAUUGGGUAAGUUUGACGUGUAAUUGGACCAAGCCAGAGAACCCAAUUAAAACAUCAUAUAAGUUAUUCUUCAGAUUACCUGGUCGUGCUGGAGGCAGAACUAUUAUAAAUUGUCCUAAGGAUUCAGAUUCCAGAGAAAAUACUUGUUAUUGGGAUUUCUCUACUACACCAAUAUAUAGACAACCAUACGAAUAUUAUUAUUUUACAUUAAUUGGUGAUAACAUAUUAGGAAACUCAACUACGACUAUUCGUUUUCAUCAUUACGCCAAUGUUAUCCCCGCGAGCCCUAUUAAUAUUACAGUGGUAGAUAAAACUCAAUCUAGUGCCAUGCUAAGGUGGUCUGUAGGCACAAUGACAGCCUUUCCACGAGAACUAAUUCAUAAGAUUGAAUAUAAGUCUCAAUGGGAUUCCAAUCCUGAACAUUGGCAUUCUGUAAAUGUGAGUGACGUUUGUAAUUCAUCAUCAACGUCCAAUCAAACCAAUUCUUAUUCGAAUUGUCGAGAACGUGACACAGACUAUUAUUAUUUUAAUGUAACCGAUUUAAAAUACCCGUUCACGCAUUACGAUUUUCGCAUAUAUGUGCGUUCUUCAGUUGCACGUGGGGAAGACAAAUGGUCUCCUCCUGGCUGUAUAACUUUGAAAACAAAACCUUCAAUACCUAGAAGACCUCCACGAACUGAUGUAGGAAGCUUUGAGUGUGUAACGUCACCUGUCGAUAAAUCUAAAAGAGACGUGUUCAUUUAUUGGCAGAAUAUUGAGGAUAACGAGAAAUGUGGUGAAUCAUUUGAGUAUCGUGCUUACUAUACUUCCACGACUUCAGAUAAUAAAACCAUUAUUCAUCGCAGUAACGAAACAUAUAAGAAUUAUGCCAAGUUUGAAGGACUCAAUACCGACAUUGGGUACAAUUUUACUGUGUAUUCAUCAAAUAAAGAAGGUUUAUCAACAGAGUAUUCUACAAUUUUUGUUCCCAACGAAUCAGACAAACUUGACGAACCGUUAUCAUUUACAAAAAUGGCAUUUGAUGAACGAGGUGUAUUUGAACUUUCAUGGAAAAAUGCUAGUAGUCAAAAAUCAUUAGCAGCUAAUCAAGUUAAUGAUUAUACUAUAUUUUGGUGUGAAAGUGAUAAGGACCGUCCAUACCAGUGUAAUGGUUAUAUGAACUGGAUGCAUAUACCGAGUUCAGAAUCUUGCUACAAUAUUACUGUAUCAGAUCAUAUGAAAAUUUAUCAAUUUGCAAUAAGCGCUAACAGUCAAAGCGCACAAAAGACUGGUAUUACUAGUGUUUAUCAACCUCCCACUUAUACUAGUAGUGGGAUGGUAUGGGCGUCAUGCACAGUACUACAUAAUAAAAUCGUUGGAAAAAUAAAAAAUGUCUGGGUAAAUAUGAUUGGUUCGGCAUCUAUGGAAUUGAGAUGGAAACUUGAUUGCUCUGACAGAAUAGGCGCAGUUCUAGGAUUUCGUAUAUUUUAUUGUCCUGUAGUAUCCAUAAAUAAUUCUGCGUGCAAAGAACCUAUGUUGAAUAAGACUGUUAGUGGUGAGAUGGCACAAGAUAGCAGAGGAAUAGCAAGCAUUACGGAUCUCAAGUCAUAUACUACAUAUAUGGUUACCAUUGCACUUAUCACUAAACAUGGCGAAGGGUUACAUAGCGAUCCAUUGCUCAACACCACUUUAGAAGGAGCACCUGAUAUUCAAAACCUGACUAUAAAUGUCACGCAACUGACCAAUACGACAGUCUCUCUUCAGUGGUUGCCUCCUAAAUUCACGAAUGGUAUUGUCCGUUACUACCAUAUUCAUUAUUAUUUGGACGAUAUAUUACAACAACAGGAUUUGAUUGAUUCAUUUGACGAACAACAAGUCAUAAAUGAACAACGUCGUAUUACAGUUCAUGACACGAAGUGUCGUCUGGAUCACCUUGAAAGUUACAGAAGCUAUACAAUUACUAUCACAGCAUGCACAACAAUUUGUUCAGAGCGUUCGCUUCCCAUAAAAGUGCGAACAGCUGUAGGAAUGCCAGGAAGGGUUCCUCAACCAACUUUAAAUUACGAAAACAGCACUAGGAUAGCUGUAUCCUGGCAGAAACCCGUAAAACCAGCCGGUCCGGUCGAUUAUUAUGAAUUAAUUGUAGCGCAUCACAGUGGACCCACAAAUUCACAAACUACAAAUGGUGGUUCGUCUUCGCCCACCGCUUUAGCUUCUACACAGAUACAAGAAAAUCCGAACAAUUACCUUUACCGCAGCAAUUCAAACGUGUUUCGUGUACCUGUUCCCGAUUGUAAUAAUGAACAAGAUAGAGGUCAACAAACGUUUUCAUUUGCUGUACGAGCUGUAAAUAACAAUCCACUCGAUUCUCAUAGGCCAUAUUUUGGUCAGUGGUCGACUCCUGGGUCAGUCAGUUGUGUGUUGCCAGGUCUUCCUCUAGCGCUUCAUUUAGUUAUAUGGUCAUGUUUGUUUAUCGUUUUGUCCACUGUUUCGACGUACUGGGGUAACAGACUCUGGAGAAAAUACAAAGUUAUGCAUAACGUAGAAGUAGUUCUACCACCCACAUUGAAUAUCAAUUUUAAAUUUGACCAUUACAACAACUUUGACGAAAACGUAUUGGAGUCGGGUCAACACUAUUAUGUGGAGGACGGUCACAUUAUUUACGAAAACGCUCCAGCCGAAGUUGACGCCGCCACUAUCGCGUACUUCAACGGAAAUUCAAAUGUUUCGUCAGGGUCCAAUCGCCGUAAAAACAGCAGCGUCAAUGCCAGUGCCGAGCGUCUGCCGUCAUCCCGGUGGAGUCCCGCGACGGCUUCGACAACCAUUACGGUGGCUGAAGACGACGACUCUUCGUCCAGCAAACAUCAACUCAUAAUGCCAUCGUCAUUACCAAAAACGAAGAGCGAGAGCCUUAGCGACGGCAACAGCUUGAAAAGCGAAGAAGACGAAGUGCUGGAGGUUGUUCCGCCCACGGAACCAGUCAUGCCGUUCUUUUCGUUACCGGACACGCCUACGAUAACAGCCGUUGCGGCGACAACCAGUGGUGCGAUGACGGCGCCGACCGGAAGCAUCGCCCGCAGCGGUAACGGUUACCAGAGCACCGGUAACGGCUACCAGAGUAGCGGCAAAGGUUACCAGAGCGCCAGUAAAGGUUACCAGAGCAACGGUUACGAUUACCGGACCAGUGGUAACGGUUACCAGGGCAGCAACGUCUGUCAGGACGUCGCGAAAAACCGAUUGGUUGGCGACAGCCGCGGCGACGGUAUCGUUCCCUCCUCGGCGGUCAUCAGUUGUUUUGUGGGCGACCAGCGGCAGUCGAACGAUAAAAACCUCAGCCGGUGUAGCGGCGGUAACUCAUCACCUGUCCCAGAUGGCGGAAGGGAAUUUAUAUUUCCCGCCGUAGAAUCUGUCACUGAUGAAAAUCGCUCACACCAAGAACAGGAAAGUGAACGGUUGCCUCGUCGCAUCGACGAUAAACAACGAUCGCCACUGCAACGGCGGCCGCCACAACAACAACAACAACAACAACAUCAUCAUCAUCGACCAAACCGACACGACGGCUAUUGCGGCAAACAAAUGAUGAUCGCAGCGGCCGCCGUCGCCGCCGCCGCCACCGCCACUGACCUCGGCAGAGUCAACGGCUGCGAAACGACAACGCUGAGCCCACAGCAACAGUUACCGCUGCCGCCGCUACCGUCCACGCCGCCGCCGCCACAACAACAACAAUUACAACAAAAACUGCUACAAUCGCCUCCCCCGCCGCCGCCGCCGCCCCCGCCGCCUCCGCCCCCGUUGUCGGCGCAUCAACAACCACCGACGACGGCGACGCUUCUCGCUUCGAGCACGGCGUACGUCAUGUUGGACAUGGUGACCGCAGCGGCCGAGAAAAAGCGACUGCUCCACAUGGGCGGCGGACGAAUUGACUACGGCAAACCCGUCGUCGUCGUCCAACUGCCCGCCGUAUCGGUGGACUGCACCAGUUGCGGUACUUCCACAGCUCAAAUAUGAAAUAAUAAUCGCGCCCUGUAUAGAAUAUUAGUAUGAUAAUGUUAUGUUUUAUAUUAUGAUGUCUUAUAAAAAUAAACACAUUUUUCCGGUUAGUAGUAUAAGUUAUAAUUACUAUUGCCCAUACAUCGCCAAGCGAUUAUCAUAAUAAUUAUAACAUAAUACUACCCGAUUAAAUAAAAAUUAAAAAUAAAAUAAAAAACAAAAAAAAAAAAAAAUGACCUAAAAAUGUACAGUUUUAAGAGACUAAAAAUAAAUUCCAACAUCGAAGUGACCACAAAGUAUUAUAAUAAUCAUAUUAUGAACGAAGCCGGAUCUUCUCUGCUGUACAUAUUAUAUUAUUAUUAUUAUUAUUAUUAUUAUUAUUUUUUAUAAAAAUAUACCGUCACCGCCCUAAAGUGUACAUAAUAAUAUUAUUGUUUACUAUAGUUAAUUGUUAUAAUUAUAGGUUGGUGAAUAAAUAAACAAUUAGUAUGCACGCCUAAAACACAUGAAUUAUGUGAAAAAUGCUCAAUCAUUUUUAAAAUGUAGUGUACGUUAGUGAGUAGGUAGUAAUAAACAGACGUCUAUCAAUAUAUAAUGUUUGACAAAUGCCGGGUUCGAUUAGUGUUAUUUUAAAAAUAGCGAUCGGUUAUAAAAAAAAAUGUUGAAUAAAUCAUGACGAAAUUAAUUUUGAAACACGUCCGAAUUGAUUGAACAAUGUGUCAGUGUUUUUUUAAUUUUUUUUUUUUUUUUUUCAUGUAUGUCCAUUAAUACCUUAACGUCACUGAUCAAAAGCACUAAUAUACUAUUUAAUCAUAGUUGUAGUUGUUAUAUACUUUAUGACUUUCAAAACUUAUAGUGAUUUAUUUACCCACACGCAUAAUUAUAUGUACUGCAUAUGAGCAUGCGCAAACAAUUAUCACCUACCUUUAUUCUUAUGGACAAGUAAAUCAUUUGUUACGUAUAAAAAUUGGUAUUUGGUGGAGGGUCUCAAAUUUUUGUUCUACAUUAAGUUAAAUAGCGCUCAAUUAAUUGUGUUCAGUCAGCGGUAUUAGUACUGUAGUAGUAGUAGUAUACACAAGCACUAAUUAUAUGAAUUUAAAUUAUACGGGGUUUUUUUUUAUUGUGAGAUUUUAUAUAAGUCUGUUGUCAACGACGGCUUUUGUUGGUCCAAUCGUUUUUGACGAAAAGUGAGAGAAACGUAUCAGUGUUUAUUACACAUACAUACAUACAUACAUAAAAUAUUUACUGAAAAAUUUUCUUUUGUUUCAUACAUUGAAAAAUUGUGUUUUUUUUAUCUUUAAAAACUUACCUAUUGUAAUUUGUAUUUAUUUUAAUGUUUAUUGUUUUAUAAUGACAUUAUACUUUAUUUUUAUAUUUAUUUUAUUUCUAGAUACAUAUUAUAUAUACAUAAAUAUAUAUUAUAAUAUAUAUCUUUUUUUUUAUUAUUUGAAAUAAUUAGAAUAUUAUUUUGUUUUUGUUUAUACUUUAUUAUUUUAUUAUAUUGUACUUGUAUAAUAUAAAUGUAAUAUUGUCAUGGUGCCAUAAAGAUUGAUAUUGAAUUUAAUAUUGUCUAAUUUUUUUUCAUUUUUUUUUCUAUAUAUAUACUUGUAUAUAUAUAUGUAUAAUGAUUGUUAACAUAAGAGGCUUUAUAAUUUAAGUCAAUAACCUAUAAUUUAAUUUAAACAAAUUCUUUAUUCGAUGGUUAAAGCUAUAGCUAAGAAUUUUUAUUUUACAAUAAUAUUUAAUUAGCAUCAUAGUUUUAACAAUAUUGUUACUACUGUUCUCGAAAAAGUUUUAGAUAGCACAUUAUUUUCUCCAAUUGAUUCUUCCAGAAGGUAUAGUUCAAGGUGUAUCUGAGAUAUAUAUUAUGUGUUUUAGACCUCAUGUAAUAUUAUGUUAAUUAUUGAGAGAAGUUUGUUCCAUUGAUCAAAAAUUUGGGUUUACCUUAUUUUUUAUUUAUAUAAUCAUAUGUAGUUUGAAUGGCCAAUUAUUUCUCUAGUUUUGAUUAUAUAUUUUGUUUUGCAUAAUUUAUAAGAUAAUAAAUAUUGUUAGGUUUGGUUUAUCAAAAAAACUUUUUUAUCAGAAAAUCUAUCAGUUUGGUCAUUUUUCCUAAGUUGCUUUGAUUGGAAUAAAGUUAUAUGUUUUGAUGUCAGUUGAUUACUUCAUUAAAUAUAAAAAAAGAUGUUUUCUUUAAUCUUUCAUAUAAGAAGUAGGGCAUAUUGGGUCUUUUAUAUAAGGAAUAAUGAGUAUUAUGAGUUUCCGAAUUAUUAUUGGAAAUAUAAUUUAUAUUGCCAUCUACAAGGAAAUAGGUACCUAGGUAACAUAAGAAGUAACCCUCUUAUCGGUCAAUUGUCAGUGAAAUAAUUGGAUAAUACAUUUGUUAAAUUUUACUCAAGGCUUUUUGGUCAUGAAGGAAUUGGUAGAGGAAUUUGAGCAUGUUACCAGUUAUUUUCCAUUUUAAAUACUAAUGCAAUGACAAACUCUCCAAACUCUUAUCUUAGACCUUAUUAUUGUUAUUAUUAUUAUUUAUUUGUUUAUUAAUGAGAUGUAAGUUGGUGUUAUAAUGUUUGAUUAUAUUAUUAUUGCCAUAUUGAUGUUUAUAACCCAAUUUUAAACAUAAAAGUGUUAUAUUUAUGUAUGUUGACACGUGUAUUAUAGAUAAUAAAAUAAUCUUAAUACCUUAACUGCAUUACUGUACUUUUUGCCACAAGUAAUAAUAAAAGAUAAAUAUUACUGUUA